UCAGAGAAGCGCUAGAAUAUUCUAACCCACUUCGAUUUUGGCGCCUAAUGUCCGAAGCGCCGAUCUUCACUUUUGCAGGUUCAGUUCUUCUCUGAGCCCUUUUCUGGGGUUUCCCAUGGAAUUUCUGUUUUUUUUUUUUUUUUUUGUUUGAGAGCUGGGUUUGGUUUUUGUUUCAACUUUUUUUUUUUUUGUGUGGUGAAAAUAUAGCACAAUAGAGACUCAGAUAUGGAGCCUACUGAGAGUGUGUGCGCGAUUUCUGGACAAACAAUUGAAGUUAAAAAUAGAAAGGCGAUAAAUGAUGAGAAAUUGGGGAUGACCUUCUCGUUGAAUCAAUCAUGUGAUGGAUUUUCAAAUACUACAGCAAAAAAGAGGAGGAAAGGGAGAAGAAAAAUGAAUAGGGCUCUGAGCUGUGAUAAUAAUGUUUCUACUGAAGCAGCAAUGAGUAAUGAUGAUAUGCAGGAUGUAUGUAUGGAUGGGGAGCAUAAUAAUAAUGGGAAAAAGAGGAGGAAAGCGAGAAGAAAAAAGAAUAGGGCUCUGAGUUGUGAUAAUAAUGAUUCUACUGAAGCAAAACCCAGUAAUGAUAAUAUGCAGGAUGUAUGUAUCGAUGGUAUCUGUAAUGAUGUUAUGCAGGAUAUAUGUAUGGAUAUGGAGCAGAAUAAUAAAGGAAAAAAGCGGAGAAAAAUGAAAAGGAAGAAGCAGAGAGAGAAUUAUUGUGACAUUAAUGGGCCUGAAGAGGAAGCUAAGAUGGCAAGCUGUUCUCCAUAUUUCAAGAAAGUGCCUGACUGUGAGGAGAAUGUAAGUAGUAAAUCCGUCAAAGGUACGUCUGAUUUGUAUAUCAAGAGUGAGUGCUUAGUUACUUUGGAAAUGGAUCAGAGGAGUAAUAAAAGGAAGAGAUCGACAAAUGCUAAACAUGCUGAUGAUGAGAAAGGGCCUGACUGUGAGGAGAAUAAAUCCGUUGAAGCUAUUAAUUCUGAUUUGUGUGUGAAGCCUAUAAAGACUGAGUGUCUGGAUGUUACUUUGGAAAUGCAUCAGAAGAGUAACAAAAGGAAGAAAAAGAGAAAUGCUAAGCGUGGUAUCUCUGAUGCGAAAGCAGGAAGCCAACUUGGUUCUACUUAUGAAACAGAUGCAAAUCCAGAUAAAAGGGAAAUGGAUGUGAACCCCGUCUUGAAUGGUCCUCCUAAUACCAACUGGGAAGAGAUGACAAGCAAAGAUAUUAAUGAGAAGGAUAUUAAACAAUCUGGUGAUUUGGAAGAGGGAUGUAUUACUGUUGCUUCGUUGCCUGUAAAUCGUGGUGAUAAUGUUGUAGCUAAUAGUAUUGAUGAUCUCUUUUCACAGUUUGCAUACAAAGGUGGAAACUUUAGUUCUGUUAAAACGAGAACUGAAGGUGACAAGAAUGCCCUUGAGUCACAAGUUUGUAGUCCUUUCUCUCACAGGAUGAAAACAAUCCAAAAGGUUUCGAUAUCUGGCUCUAUGACUGGAACUGAGAGUCAUUUGUCACUUCUUGGGAAAGAAGGUAGCGUACCCUGCAUAUCUCAGAAUCUGAUGGAUGAAACAAUGACUGAGACAAAAAGAGUUUGUGUUUCAAAUUGUGACAAGGUAAAUGAUGUAUGCGUUGAACAGAAAGUACGAGUUGUUUCCCCCUACUUUGUGAGCUCAGAGAAGAUAGAAACUGAAAUAAAGAAAGGAAGGUCCUUAAAACGUGUGACGAAAAGAAAUGGAAAAUGUAACAAAAAGUCAGAAGACAAAGUUCCAGUUAUUUCCCCUUACUUUGUUAACUCAGAAGUGGGAGAAGAAAUAAAGGUAGGGAAGGAUAGACCAAACUCGUCUUCAAAGAGCUGUAUCACUGGGAAAAAGGUUUCUCCCUACUUUCUUAAUGCACAUCGUGAAAAAGAGAAUGCAGUGAUCAGCAUGGUAGGAGGUGGAACAGACUCAAAAAAACCGAAACCUUGUUUCUCGGAGAAUGGAGAAACUGAAAUGAAGAAAGGAAAAACUCUAAAAUGUGUGAGGAAAAAAGAUGAAAAAACUGACAAAAAAUCACAAGCCAAAGUUCGAGUGGUUUCCCCUUACUUUGCUAACUCAGAAGUAGGAGAAGAAAUAAAGGUAGGGAAGGAUGGACCAAACUCGCCCUCAAAGAAGUGCGUCACUGGGAGAAAGGUUUCUCCCUACUUCCAUAAUGCACAUUGUGAAAAAGAGAAUGCAGUGAUCAGCACGGCAGGAGGUGGAACAGACUCAAAAAAGCGGAAAAAUUAUCUCUCUGCUGCUCAGAAGAGAGACAAGGCCUAUUUAAGGAGGACUGAAGAUAACACAUGGGUACCUCCCCGAUCCCAUUUUAGUCUCCUGCAAGAAGACCAUGCUCAUGAUCCUUGGAGGGUGUUGGUUAUCUGUAUGCUUCUAAAUUGCACCACUGGCUUGCAGGUUCGCAGAGUCUUAUCGGAGCUUUUCACUCUCUGUCCAAAUGCAAUGGCUGCUACAGAGGUUGCUCCGGAGGAUAUUAAAAAGUUGAUACAACCUUUAGGAAUAUAUAGGAAGAGAACACGGAUGAUUCAACGGCUCUCUCAAGAAUAUUUGGGAGAAAGUUGGACUCAUGUGACGCAACUGCAUGGUAUUGGCAAGUAUGCAGCUGAUGCAUAUGCAAUAUUUUGUACGGGCAAGUGGGAUCAAGUAACUCCAGAUGAUCAUAUGCUAAAUAAAUACUGGGAUUUCCUCCAUGAACUUUACGGAUAUGGCUCUGCCUGAGGGUAUUCAUGGACUAUAAGUUAAUAGCAAAAAGCCCGAUGCAUAGUUAUGGACAGUAGGUCACACAGUAGUAGGUGUGGCGCAUUUUGGGGGUCAGUUACAUCUUUUUGGUAGAUGAACCUCUUGAAUUUUUACUACUAUAUUAGAUGACAAAGGGUGGGACGGGCAAUGUGGAGAUUCUAAUUUUUUAGAUGGUGUACAAUGCGAUUUUUGGGACCUCGUUUUGAAGUGACAAUAAAAACCCAACCUACAUAUUGAAUGACUUUCUUGUGAGUUUUUCUUUCUCUUUCUUUGUUACUUAUAACCAAAUCUUGAGUAUGAAGUUUGAUGAGCAUGUGUCUUUUUUUUUUUUGUGCGGAUAUUUUCUUGGUUGAAAAUGUGCAUGCAAGUUAAUGUUAGGACCUGUUAUUUCAUGCAAAUUCAGGAGUAGAUUCUUGAAAGCAUGUAUGUGAAUUAUUGUUUAAACAAAAUUGAAUUACUGUGUACUCUAAACCAAUACCAUUAUGAACUCUGCGCAAAUUAGCAAUGUGAUUGAAAAAUAGUUUAAGAUGAUAUUAGUCAAGCGGUAAGCUCCUUCCAGGAUCGCAAUUCUCAAUGGACCCAAUGCGCUAAAUGCUCCCAAUUUUUCGAUUGUCUGUUUCUUACCUCCAGACAUUAGUUUGUAUCUGCUGCAAUUUUCUUAGGUGUUUUUUUUCUGAAUUGGUGUUACUCUUUUCAGGAUGUCUAAUUACUAAUUAGUACCCAAUUGUAUUUCUAGGUUAACAAUAUUUUUCUUGAAUUGGUUGAAAAUGUGCUUUAGUUAUUUGGGGGUCUGUUUUUCUGAUACAAGGAAUGAAUCUCCAACCCAAACGAACCUGUUCUAGUUGGAUAGUCAGAUUGCGAAGCUGUACUGGAUUUGGAAGUACAAACCUGAUAUUGGGUUUGUGUUAGCAACUUACAUAAAGUAACAGUUGAUUAUAAUUUUAUCUGGCUUCUCAUACUGUUGUUUUCUGGAUAAUUAGUGAAUCCUAUGAUUCUAUCUAUUAGUGGGAAGGACCUUUUCUACGUGGUUCUGAUAUGGUCACUCUUUAUGAUUUGCUACAAGAAGGUAUGGUCAGUUUAGCUUUUGCAUUGUAAGUUAAACGGUAAAUUUAUCAGCCAUAUUGCCUGUGAUACUGCGUUUGCAGUAGAUUUUUCUAAUAGUUGGAAGAACUUCUCAUUCUUCUGAACAGUUAAUAUUGGUAUUUAUUGUUUCAUGAGCCUAUUGUUUAUAUGAAAUGCAUCAACUAACCUAAGUAGAUUAUUAGAUAUUCCAUUACGGAGCAUAUCAACUUUUAUGACACAGAGUGUCAGUAGCCUGGUUGCCUAUCUUUUGAUAGUAAACCAACUUAUUCAGAUUUGAUGAUUCACAUCUUGUUUUAGAGCAUGUGAUAGAUCUAUACAUAGGCGAUAAUUUGUGUAUCUUCGGGCAGUUCUGUGAUUUGACUCUAUCAAUCUCCCUUCGCUCCCAUCAUGGAAUUAGAUAAUAGGAAUAUCAAGUUUGUAGAACUUAUGAUACUUGUAGUCCAAAAGAGCUUGAUUUAAGAGUAAACAAAAAAUAGUUGUAAGAAUGUUAGCAGGAAGAAAUCCAUGUGCAUAGCGUAUCAUAUUAGUCUCCACCACAAAAUCAUUCAACUUCUCAGCUGAAAAAAGAUAUAGUCUCUUCCUGGUUUUUGUGUAUUUGGCAACUAUAUAUAAGGAAACUAGGAUAUCCCUAAUUGUGUCCUUGAGGAGCUUUCAUGUCAAGAAGCAACACAUACCGAUCACUUUGGAAGGUUUGGAACCCUUAGGAUAUUGGUUCCUUAGAGUUUGGAUCUUGGUGGUCUUUUGAAGCAUCAGGAAUGUGCACCUCAUACAUGACCUGACCUUACUUUCUGUGCUAUAGGCUCGUACUAUAUCGUCGAGUUCUAAGGAGACAGGAAAAUUCACAUCAUCCAGACACUAAAGGCUUGUAUUUACUUAAGUUUGCAAAGGCUUGUUCUGGAGAUUCUGUAUGUUUUUUAAGUAAGUCUUAUUAGAUUACCGCCCGCUCAUUUACUUCUAUAGCAACAGAAUGUGGUUUGCUCCUGAACUCGACUAACAAUUUAUAAAUUGUUAGUCAUGUUCUGUUUGAGCUUUUGCUAAAUGCUCUUAUUUUGAUACAAUGACUGUGAAGCAUUGUUGUUGUCUUAGUAUGUUUGAUUGGGCAUUGUUUGUGUGAGUUAAAGGCAUAGAGAUAUGUUCAUACCAUCAGAACUUGAAAGGGUACUACGGACUUGCCUGAAUAAGUUUAUCACUUUUGGCAUCUCAAUAUUAUUUAUUUGCAAAAUAGAUAAGAAUAUUGAAAUGUCUAGUAUCAGCUGCAUAGUUCAAACCCUUUGGCUACUCAGCAGAGGAUUUGAAGCUUACAGAAAAGGUUCCUUUUAUUUGCACUUGUGAAAAUUAUCCUCUUACAGCAAAAAAUAGUUGUAAGAAUGUUAGCAGGAAGAAAUCCAUGUGCAUAGCUUAUCAUAUCUUAGUAUAUACCACAACAUCAUUCAGCUUUUCAGCUGAAAAAAGAAAUAGUCUCUUCCUGGUUUUUAUGUAUUUAACUAUAUAUAAGGAAACUAGGAUACCCCUAAUUGUGUCCUUGAGGAGUUUUCAUGUCAAGAAGCAACACAUACCUAUCACUUUUGGAAAGUUUGGAACCCUUAGGAUAUUGGUUCCUUAGAGUUUGGAUCUUGGUGGUCUUUUGAAGCAUCAGGAAUGUGCACCUCAUACAUGACCUUACUUUCUGUUCUAUAUGCUUGUACUAUAUCGUGAGUUCUAAGGAGACAGGAACAUUCACAUCAUCCAUACACUAAAGGCUUGUAUUUACUUAAGUUUGCAAAUAAAUUCUGGAGAUUCUGUAUGUUUUUUAAGUAAGUCUUAUUAGAUUAGCGCACACAUUUACUUCUAUAGCAACAGAAUGUGUUUUGCUCCUGAACUCAAAUAACAAUUUUUAAAUUGUUAGUCAUGUUCUGUUUGAGCUUUUACUAAAUCCUCGUAUUUUGAUACAAUGACUGUGAUGCAUUGUUGUUGUUGUCUUAUGCUUGAUUGGGCAUUAUUUGUGCGAGUUAAAGGCACAUAGAUAUGUUCAUACCAUCAGAUCUUGAAAGGGUACUAUGGAGGAUGUGAAGCUUACAGAAAAGGUUCCGUUUAUUUGCACUUGUCAAGAUUAUCCUCUUACAGCAAUCCUUAACCAUCCAUAUUAUCCAACAUUCAUCUUUUUUUCCUUCUUGCUGUGCACUCUAUGCGGCAUGAUGAACAAGUGGAGUUCUCAUUGACUUAGAGCUUUAAUUAUCUGCUAGAUGUUUGCAAGAAUGAUUCCACAGUAAGGACAAAAGAAAGGUAAGUCUUUUCAAAGCAGUCUGUCUGGUAUAUUUGGCUCAAUUUAUCGCUUUCAUUAUUUCUUUGGGGAUGACUCAUUCCUUGACUAGAAUUACUAUAAGCCAACUCCCAUUUUGACUAAUGCUUGUUUUUACCAAUUUUGGUCCUCAUUGUUGGGGUAACCUUUGCUACUGAAAUACUUUAUUCACUAUCAUCCCUUUCCUGCUCGAAGUUAAGGGAGGGUAAUGAUAUGAAAUGUUGUAAAUCCUGUCAGCUGAGAGUAAUGUAUACUCGGGUAGAUUACUAUGCUGGGCCUUUUCCUUCUGUUCUUCUUCGUUUCAUUUUCUUGUGCCGUUUCUUUUUUGAAGUUUUCUUCCUUUUUUGUCAUUCUACGUUGUUAUAUUCUUUGUUUUUGGCCCUUUAUUUGGUUAAUACCUUUUUUUGGUUCCUGUGACUUCAUAGACACAGGAUAACUAGAAUGAUCACAUAAAUCAUAGCAGUGCAAUACAUCUUAAUGGACAGACUAUAAGAAGCCUUCUGAACGAUGACCAGUAUCCACGGGAUAGAGAGUUUUAAGUUCUCAAGCCUGAAAACAAUCAAAAGAAGAAUAAAGGACACACGUCAAUAAUUGGAUUUGCCUAAACUUUAUGCUUUCAUUAAGAGUGGAGAAUAUCAGAAGAACCCAAAUCAAGGUUGAGUUGCUUACUUUUGAUUUGCAUCAAUAAUCGACCUCCUUCGUUCCGUCAAAAAAGAAUGGCCAGGUUACAUUCUAAGUAGGAAGUGAAAGGAAGGGUCUGGUAGAUUUUGUAAUAGCAGAGAAUAAACUACAAUGAGGAGGAGGAAAGUGGACAGUGCAAAGAUGAAUCUGAAGAGGCAAAAUUGAUUUUUAAAUUUUCUUCUUGAGAGGUAUAAAUGAUUUCAAGAAUGUAAGAAGUGGCAAGGUAAGCCCCAUCUGGAAAACUUUUGAUAUCUGUACUUGAAUAUCUCUUUAAAUUUUGUUUUGCCUGUCUUUGAUCAGGUGACAAGAAAAUAGUUAAGGUAUUGAACAUUGUCAUUGAAGGUAAUCAUUUGCAUAGGCUGAAACUAUUUCCUUUGUAUCUUAAGAACUCUAUUCUACUGUCCCUUAGGCGUUGCUAAACUACAACCUUACAAGUUGUUCAGGUUUGCCUGUUGGUGAAAAGGGAAGACUCAUUGUUCCACUAUUUUUGGGUUAUAUAAAGUCGUUGCUGAAAAUGCACAUCAUUUAGACUUCCUCGUCGUGAUUCCAACGCUUAAAAAGUUUCUGUGUUCAUGCCUUUUGUCGAUGCAGCUUUGGGAAAUAGGCUAGGACCCAGAAGCACCAGACUCAUGGUUCCAGUAUGACAUUGAAUUGGUUGAUAUAUGUGAAUGAUAAAGAUUACAUGCGGUUACUUCAGUCAAAUCAUUUUUGAUCUACAACUGAAGUGAGGAAUUUCAAGGAUGAAAGCGAUGUUGCCAACCCUUGCAGAGGUCCAUCAUGGCUAGAGCUUUAGUUCAGUGAACAAACAUUCCAUCUUUAGUUGCCGGUGAAGGACUGGACAGCAUAGUGGAUCUGGGAAAACAAAAAGAACUGUUAAAAUGCUAAGUAGUGUACAAGCACCCUCCGUAAGGUUGACCAAUUUCACAGGACUGCAAGGGUGCAAUGCAAUUUUAAAAUCUGGACAAACUCUCCAUUCAAAAGUGGCAAGUAGUUUGUGCUUCCUUUGGGUACUAUCAUCUUUAUGCUCUAUUCCUUUUGGUACCUUGGGUGGGGUCGGAGGUAUUGCAAUAGCUCGACUUCAUUGUAAUCAAUUUCUUUUUUAAUAAAAAAUAGGUCAUACGAAUGA